AUAAAAAAUUCAAAACAACGAUUACCAGGUGGGGGGUACUCCUUGAAGAUUUUCCAAGUUUUUGGUAUUCAAAUGGAUGAAAAGGCUGAGGAUAUCGACCCAGUUCGAGCUGGUAAAGACUCAAUCGAGGUAGAGAUCGUCAGCGAUGAAGAAUUUCAAAUGCUGGAUGAAGCUAUUCAGAACGCUAUGAUGCGGAUUGCCCAGCAGGAAGAAACCAAAAGUACUGAACACGGAGAAGACAUCACUUGGUCUUCGAUUAGAAAGGCUUCAACUCCUCUUGAAAAGUUCAAAGGUGGUCGCGGUUAUUUAAGUGUGACUGAUUUGACUGCUCAGUUUUGGUGUGAACAGCAAAUGGAAUACAGCUUCUCAGCACCAGAACUUAAACUAGAAUCUGAGCCGAUGAAGAUGGGAAAACUCAUUCAUCUUGAAAGAGAACUGGAAUUAUAUGACCUUGUAGAGAUCAAAGUAGAGUCUAAAGAAGACAACUGGGCAACCAGAUUUUUGGACUGUCUUUGUAAAAUUUCUUUACUGGAAGCACAACAGACAGUGCGAGAACUUCCAGUUUUUGGAUGGCCUUUUAACAUGGGAGUGUUUGUUUAUGGCAUCAUUGAUGAAGUACAUUACAAUGAGAUGGGGCAGUUAGAACUGUUAGAGCUGAAAACAAGGACAAGGAAAAGCUUACCUUCCAAGGCACAACAAAGCCAGGCAUCCUUGCAAGCAAUGAUCUACAGCAUUAUGUUUAAUGACUUGCUCUUUGGAAAGGUCGAUGCUUCAAUGCUUUUAUCACAACUUCAACUCAAAGGAGAUGCCAUCCUUUCAGAAGAUGUUUCACAAUAUGCAAGACAAUGUGGAGUUCAGUGCAACAGACUCAUCCAAAUUAUCAAUCUUAUGUUAAAACGAUUCCAACAAUGUGACAUAACAAAGUUAAAUUCAAUAGCAGUAGAGUAUUGCAUGCAAGAAACCUGCCAAGUUAUUGGUAGAACUAGCAUGGAUUUAGACACAGAAUGGACACAGUCACAGCUUGUUAAAAUGCUGCCAUAUUGGAAAGGAGAAAGGGGCACUGUUGGUGUGGAAAUAGAAGAAGCCUGGAAGUGCAGUAGAUGUGAAUUUGCAGACAUUUGUGAGUGGAGAAUUAAAAAAGACAAAGAGUACAGAACAAAAUCAGAUUGAAGGAAUUACCAGCUUCAAAAUUCUGACACCCCAUAGCUAGUAAAAGUAUGCUAAAUUCACUUCCUGAUUUGUUUAGAGGGAGAACACAGUGUGAUAACAAGAACAGAUCACAAUUGCGACACAAUUCGAAGUGAUGCAUACUGGUUUCCUAACUGUUUAAUUUAUUUUUACUCUUCUCCUAAUUUUGCAUCUUUCUUUACUUUACUUGAGGAUGUAGCUAAAGUUUUUAACAAGCGGAAAUCUAGCAAUGAUAGGCGGGUACUUGAGCCGAAGGCCCACCCUAGUGCGCCUUUGGCACGCUAUACCUAGGGGAGUCUAGGGGCAUGCCCCCCCUGGGAAAUUUUGAAAAUGCAUACUCUUGGAGAUGCAUUUUCCUUGAUUUUGGGAGCAAAAUCAAGGGCAUUCAUCAUUUCCCAUACAUGAAUUACAAAUACCGCUGGCCAUUGAGCCUGCAAAAUGGACGAUGCUGAUGUGGAAAGACUUGUUUCCAUGUCUCAAAGUGCCCUUGGACGCGAGGUGCCUGGGAAUGAAAUUAAAUCACUGGAAUAUAAUUAGCUCCGAACCACUGACGAUUUUCGACUGCGAACGUUCCCUGUUCUUUGCUGUGCACAAAUUUUAAGUCUACUUCGUGUGUGUUUUGAGUCAAGAGAAAACAUCUGGCUUAGUAAAUAUCACAUCCAGCAUUGUUAUGUCGCUUAAGGUUUAUUUUCGCUGAUAAAAAAAGAAAUCAAAGACACUGAACCUUAAGGGCAAUUUCAGCUAUGGAAACGAGUAGCUACACAACGAGUUUGCUUUGUUUCCAUAGCUUAAACCACCCUUCUGCCCUUCCAAAAUCGGUUUCCGGUUCCGGUAUUGGAAAAAUAUUUUGCGUUUUUCUCAAAUUCACCAGAAAAGAAUAAUCUGAUGUCUUGGUAUCUUUAGUGGAGUAUAUUUGGGCAAUGGCAGGCGAUCCAGAUGUUGCAUCUCAUUUAUCGCAAAUUUUCGAUGUACAUUUAUCCAGCGAUUGAGAGUAUCGGUAAGUCUGACGGUGCAAAUAAGCCAAAUUCUGUGUUAUUCUCCAAUCUAUUUACUAUAAAAGCGGACCAACUAAAUCCUCAGUUGGUCUAGUUCUAUAAAGGCGCUGGGAGAAUGAACAAGACAAUACAUCACCAAUCAAUCUGUUAUAUUUUAAUUUUCUUUUAGAAAAAAAGAUAUAUUUUAAGAUGAA